CAGUGGCAACGCUUUUCCUUGCGCCCUACAAACACGUUUGACAGCUCCUCAUGGCCUCAUGGCCUUCUAGAAACCUGGCACCGCCGUCGUGCUCUUUGAGGGGGGUGCCGACUGCCAGGGACGUUUAUGUUGUGGCGGCACGGCGGGCUGCAUAAAACGCGUCCCGCUGGGCUUGGUCCUGCCCCAAUUCCCCUUCUUCACUCUCUAUCAUCAUGCCCUCUCUGUUCAAGACCCUUGCUAGCAUCAAGCAUCAUCUCCGUCUCCGGCGGAACAAGGCAGGAGAUUACAAGUUCUCGCAUUGGCGAGAUGUUCAGCCUGUUAUGGAUAUCGACGUCCCUGAAGGUCGGGUCUCAGAGUUCCCUAACGACUCUGACGAGUCCUCGGAUCCCGAUUCCAGCGAUGAUGACACCUCCACUACAUCCCACGACGAAGUCGUUGAGAUGGACGACGCGACGCGCUCACUCUCCAAGCUGUCUAUCUCCGGCGUCCAGCGUUCCUUGCAUCCUGUUUACCUCAGGAACUCCUCCUUGAUUGCUGUGCAACCGAACGAUGAACUUUUCCGUGUUUCUCUCCGCAAGCGCAAGGUGGAGCGUGAUGAAGAUGAAGACGACAGGGCGUUUAUUGAGAAGUCUGAGCGCCCAGCCAAGCGACAACGCGCAGCUCUUCCACCUCAAGUUGAGCGCAGACCCAACCCCCAUGCAACGUCGCCAGGUCAUGGAUCCGUUGGUGUCCCGUCGCCUCCUCCUGCCCUACCACAACCCGAGCCCCAGAACAAGUCAGGCUCGAUGAGUCCUUCAAGUCGCCCAAUGAGAAGAGACGCCGUGAGUGUAGUCCGCCGCCGAUACAAGUCCGAGCAGAGGGCACGACCUUCCCCGCGAAAGACCGUUCGCGCCGACACCCAGCCGGCCGUGAGCCCGCCGUCUCCUUCCAGAUGCCCUACGGAGGAAGUAGCGGACGACGAUGAGAUUACAGAGCUGACGAGCAAGAUGGGCGGAUCUCAGCUGGCGCCGACCAGAGUCGAGGAAUUCGUCAGACAUCCCUGCGUCCAGGCGGCGGUGAAGGCGGCGUUCCUGCGAAGCGUCGUCAAGAUGGAGAAUGAGAUCCGCAGGCGGGAUGCAAAGCCCAGGGAGAAGAGGCGGCGGGACAAGGAGGCGAGGCGGCGGCGAGGGUGCUGCAAGUCUGGUCAUCAGCUUUCUGCCGUUUUGGCGGCCCAGUAGGUAGAGACCCGGCUUGCAUCUUGCUCGUUUCCCCUCGACGCUGCUCCUGUGGACAUUCUGAUCCCAAAGAGAGCGGCAGGCUCGGCUUAUUUUUCUCGUCGCCUCACCGAAUAGGGUCGCUUUCUCGGUUUUGGUAUCUAGCAUCAUCAUCAUGAUCGCGUCUGGCUGUACGAGUCGCCCUUUUUGUAUCGUAAUAGUUGUUUAUAGUGGUACCCCUGGACCUGUUACUCAGACGUCCGAGUUAACUUACUGAUACC